AUGGCAUCAUAUUUAAUUUCAGAAUGUUUGGAAAUCAUUUUUUUAAACCUUACAGAAUAUCCUUCUAAUUAUAUUAAAACAAAUGUUUCUACUAAAGAUUUAUAUUCUUGUACACUAGUAUCAAGACAUUGGUGUAAAAUUUCAACUCCAUUAUUAUAUGCUUUUCCAUUUCAUCAUUUUCGUAAUAAUAUUUCUCAUUCACAAUAUUAUAAAUUAAUUCGUACUUUAUUAACUUGUGCUCCACAAUUUGAGAUAAAAAGAACUUAUAAACAAGUAUUAUUACAAAUUCCUAAAAAAAAUUUUAAAAAAAAUCCUAAAUCAAACAUUUUAUCAACUUUUAAUUAUAUUGCUUUUAUUCGUGGUUUGAUAUUUCAUAAAAUGAUGUUUGAAACAGAAUUAUUAUAUGAUAAUUCUAAUAAAGAAAUAUGGUUAUUUGAUUAUGAUUUAAAUAGAAUCUCAAUAGAAACAGCUAUUGCAAUUAUGAAUCAUCUUAUAAAAUUCAUUUGUAAUAAUUGUAAUAAUUUAAAAAUUUUGGAAUUUUCUUAUGGAAUAAAAAAUGAUCAUGAAAUAAUUAAUUUAUUAACUUUAAAUGAUUCUAAUGGAAAAAAUAAGUUAAGUGAAUUAAAAGAAUUAUAUUAUUAUAAUAUUAAUUCUAAUUCUUCUGCUGGGGAUAAUCUUUAUUUAACUCCUUUAAAUAAUGUUUAUAAUUUGAAAUUAUUUUAUUUAUUAAAUGGUGAAAUUAAUUCUUUUAAAAAAGUAAAUUCAAUAUCUCAAUUUAUUACUUCACAAAAAAAAUUACAACAUUUCAUAUUAUCAGGAAUUGAAGAAUUUGAGGAUAUGAUUCAAAAUUUAAAUUUUAUGGUUUAUAGAUUUCUUAUGGAUUUAAUUUUUAAUGCAACUAAUUAUUUUAAUAUUUUGAUUCAUUCAUUAUCAACUCAAUCUGAAACUUUACAAAUAUUGGAAUUUAGAUAUCUUGCUGAUAAUUUAAUUAAUGGUGAAGUUUUAGAUUCUUUAAUUUUACUUAAAAAUAUUAGAGUUUUAAAAUUUUAUAAAUGUGAAAAUAUUGAUAAUUUACAUACUUGGAUAAAAAAUUUGAAAAAACUUGAAAUAUUUGAAAUUACUGUUGGUAAUAGAAGAAUUUCUGAAAUUAGUUUAAUUCAAUUAAUUCAAUCAUUUUCAAAUAUUUUUAAUCAAUUAAUUAUAAUUGAUGAUCAUGAAAAAUGUGAUUUUACUAAAUUAUUUAAAUUGAUUCCAAUUUAUUUACAAAAUUCUUUAACUCAUUUAGAACUUCCAAAGAUUUUUUUAUCUGAAUUAAUCCCUAUAUUUAAAUCAUGUAAUAAACUUAUUUAUAUUAGUGUAAUUUUGAUAAAUAAUGAAUUACAAGAUGAAGAUUUGGAAAUUUUAGGUGAUUUUGUUCCUAAAACUUUAAAAAGAUUUAAAUUAAAAGGAAUUCAAUCAAAAUUAUCAAUGAAUUUAUUCUUAGAAGCUUAUAUAAAAAAUGGUGGUACAUUAAAAUAUUUGGAACUUGAAUAUCUUAAUGUUUUUAGUAAAAAUCAUAUUAAUGUUAAUGAACAAUUUGGUGUUCAAAUCAUUGAGUAUCAUUAGAUGAUCAUUGUGUGGUGUGUGGUUUUAUCUUUAUAAUUAUUAUCGUAUAUAUAUAUAUAUUUUUUAAUACUAUAUUAGAAGACAUUAUAUUUUUAUAUUAUAUUAGAAAAACAUUUUUUUUAAAUAAAUCAAUAAUUUUUUAGUACAAAAUAUUCUUUGAAAUUAUUAAGUGGUUCGUUAACAUUUGCAAUUCAUUCUUUGGGCGGACCAAGACUGGUCCUUCUAAGCAGGCGCAACUGGAAUAUCUUGAUCUAGAUAUAUACCGAUGCACUAU